AUGUUUUCUUUCUUUCUUUGCUUUUCUUUGCCUUAUCCUCUUUGCCUUUCUUUGCCUUAUCCUCUUUGCCUUUCUUUGACUUACCUUCUUUGCUCUUCUUUCCUUUCUUUCUUUCUUUCUUUCUUUCUUUGCCUGCCUUUCAUUUUUUGCCUUUCUUUAAUAAAAAUAACUGUGUUCAGUAUCAGACAUUGUAAAUUCAGGUUCACUUGGGGAUUUUUUCAGAAAUUUUUCUUUCAUCAAUUAAUGAAAUACAGAUUUUUUUCUUUUGGAUUUUUUUUUUUCUCUUUCCUUUUUAUUUCUUUCAUAUUUUUAAUUUCUUUAAUUUUUCUCUCAUCUCAGCUUCUUUCUUUCUUGUGUAACUUAACACUUACUAAUAUUACUAAUACUUCACAUGACGAUGACCCACAGCUUCUGGGUUCAUUGAAGCAGACACUCAAAUCCGUUUCAUUUUUUUCUCUCUUCACUUUGGAUCUUUUUUUGAUCUUUCAUUCUCUCUUUCUCUCUCAUGUGCAUCCCCUAUAUUCCACACUCUCUCUCCCCAUCUCCCCCUACUUAUCACUCUCUUUCUCUGAUUCACUGCCCAUCCACCUUGUAUUGGUCUCUGUCUCUGUCUCUGUUACUAUCUCUCUCAAUCUCUGUCUGCCUGUCUCACAUGACCUCCCAUUGCUAACAGCUGGAAUGUGUUCCACUCAUCCUGUUAACACUUGA